AAGAAUUCAAUACGGCAGAGAAUUAAUAGUUUCUACAAAUAAUUAUAAUCAUCAUCCAUAGAAAGUAACAUAAUAACGAUUUUUUAUGCCAGAAAACAAACAUAUAAUAAGCAUUUUACAUUUCGCGGAUGUGAACCGGAUUACGAUAAUGUAAACAAAAAGCAGACGAGAAGUCAAGGUCUGCGCGGUAACUUUGGUUGAGAUGGUGAAACCAAAGUACAGACGCCAUGGGUUCGUCUCGAAAAAGCAGAAGGAGAGAUAUGAUAAAGUAUCUGCAGGGCAAUUGACUCGAUGGAUUAGGGGAGCUAUCCUUACAGACCACAAUUACUCCGCCAGUGCAACCCCUGUCAGCGUUGAUCACGAUCACGCAAUUGUACAUGUUGGUAUUGGUGCAACACAAGUCAACAGUCUCCUUUCUGAGCUGAAUAUACCACCUGUAAGCCAUGCCAUGCUGGACAAAAGACAGAAAGAGAUAGGCAGAGCUGUUGAAGAUAUUGCUGCAGAGUCUAUGUCUGAUGCUUUGCAGAAGGAACUGGAAAUGAUGAAUGAAGAGAUGAACGAAAAUGGACUAGUUGUUGCUGUAGAUGCUGGAUGGCAAAAACGGGGUAGCGGAAAGACAUAUGAUAGUUUAUCAGGUCAUUGUUCCAUGGUUGGUCCUCUCUCCGACAAAGUAUUGUCAUACUCUCUGAGGUCUAAGAAUUGCAGAGUAUGCAGUGUAGCUGAAUCAACCAACAAGAAUCCAGCAGCCCAUGAGUGCUCAAAGAAUUGGGAGGGUAGUUCAAAGGCCAUGGAGGCAGAUAUGGUUAUUGAGAUGGUCCAAGAUCUACAGAAAAGUAAAGGAAUAACCAUUGAUGGAAUCAUUGGAGAUGAGGACUCUACCACUAUUGCAAGACUGAAAGCUAAUGUCAAUGCUGAUAUUAAGAAGUUGUCUGAUAAAAAUCAUCUAAAGAAACUGUUUACAAACUCUUUGUUUACCUUGAAGAAAAAACAUUCAUCUCUAACUUUGUCUGUGAUAAAGUACAUUCAGAAAUGCUUCAGUUACUCCAUAGCACAGGGAAAAGGAAAUGCUUCUCAAAUCAAAGAAGACCUUUCAUCAAUUCCAUUACACAUAUUUGGAGAUCACCAACACUGCUCCUCAAGGUGGUGCAACUUCAUUAACAACCCUAACCUGAGGUACAAGUCACUUCCACAUGGAAAACCCCUGAAAGAUAGGUUCCUUCAGGAUGAUCUGAAAGAAGUCUUCAGUUCAUAUGCAAGUCAUUCUGAUCGUCUUUCAUGCUUAGGAAGCACACAGUCCAAUGAGAGUUUUCACAGAAUGGUGUCUGCAAAAGCCCCAAAGACCCAUCAUUACAGCUCUUCUUCAAGCCUCAGAUAUAGAGUUGCUGCAUGUGUAGCCCAGAAAAAUGUUGGACACAGAUAUCUUGUAAAGGUUAACAAGAAAUUGGGCCUCUCUCCUGGCUACUAUACUCGACGACAGUGCAUUCUGAGGGAUUUGCAAAGAAAGCGACAGAAGGCCAUUUCAGUGACACAGAAAUUUAAAAGGAGAAGGAGAGAAUUGAAAGCCAGGAAAAUUCAAAGUAUUUCUACAAAAGAAACAAGGGAAGGCAUCAGUUAUUUAACAGGAUGUGAUCUCCAGCAGGCCUCUGACAUCGUUGAAAUUCCAGCUCCAAAAACAAUUCCAAAGUAUGAUCAUCUCCCUUCAAGUCAGCUGUUAAAUGCUGAAGAGAUCUAUUUUGAUUUGGAAACUACUGGACUCGCAAGGGAUUCUCAUAUUGUGCAGUUGUCUGCAGUUAGAAAUGAUGAGGUUUUCAACAAAUACAUCAUUCCAGAAAAACCAAUGUCCUCAAAAGCUACAGAAAUUACUGGAAUAAAAGUAGUCAACAAUAAAAUGUACCACAAUGAUGAGGAAGUUGAGACAGUCAGCAUUAAGGAUGCACUGAUCCAGUUUAUCGACUUCAUGAAGAAAUCGGAGUCAGAUGCUGUUCUAGUUGGACACAACUCCAAAGUGUUUGACCUUCCUGUGCUGUUCAACAUUUUGAGUAAAUUAAACAUUUUGGAGGCAUUCUCAUCUGCAGUCAUUGGUUUCAUUGAUACCUUACCUCUUUUCAAAAUUUCGCAUCCAAACCUUUCAUCAUACUCACAGUUACACCUCUUCGAAGAAAUUCUACAAGACAAAUACAGUGCGCAUGACUCAUUACAGGAUGUCUUAGCCUUGAAGAGAUUGUUGGACCAUACAGGACCUUCCCCUGAAGUCAAACUUGCUGCAUCUUUCACUUCAAACUCUGCCUUUGCCAUAUUCCAUCACAAGAGCACAACAAAAAGUCUAAUGAGCACACUAAAGCCUUUAUUGGACCAAAAGGUGAUUUCGAAUGGAAUGGGAAAUAAGAUUGCCAGCAGUGGACUCUCCUUAUCACACUUACAACUGGCUUAUCGCAGAAAUGGUAGGGAGGGAGUACAGGAUGUGCUGACAGAGAUAACAGAUAACAGUGUGCGUGUGACAAAAUCUAGAAAAAUCAUUGAUUCUGUCGCAGAUUUUCUCAGAUCUGAGCAGUAA